AUGGCGAAAGCUUCCCAUACAUUGCAAAAAGGUGCUGUCGUCCAGCACACUGCCAAAGCCCAUAACCUGAAAGGUCAACUGCCUGAAGGGAGCAUGGAAUCUUUGGCAACAACCAUUCGUUUCGUCACGUUGAACUGCCGAACACUAUCGAGUGAACUCCAACAAGCCGGUCUAUCCAGACUUCUGCGAUAUCUCUGUGUGCCUUUUGCUGCACUGCCGGAAACACGCAUGAGGGAUCGGCCCGUCAUCAGCGUCGAAAAUUACACCAUAUACUGCGGCGAUGCUGAUGAGAACAAAGUAGGUGGCUGCGCGAUAGCUGUGAGGAACGAUUACAAGAAGCUGGUGGAGGAAUUUGGCUCAACGUCGUCUAGAUGCGCCUUUCUACGACUGCGGGAUCGCAGAGGACGUAAACUCUGGAUCGUAGGUGCUCACGCACCUACGGAAACCGCUGAGAACAACAGUAAGGACGCCUUCUGUGAUGAACUCAAUGCGUUGAUGUCUAAAAUACCAAGCCAGCAGAUGGUCAUUGUCGGAAUCGACGCAAAUGCGAAGAUGGGACUCGAACAGCAAUCCGAUGUGCUAGGAAAAUGGUACUAUGCAGCGGAGCGCACGUCGGACAACGGUGACCGUCUGGUCGACUUGUGCGAACAGACGGGCCUCAUCAUCGCUUUCACGUUUAAGAGGAAUCAUCGACGCCAUCAGCUCACGUGGCAGGGGUCAACCCUUUUAACGCCUGAAUAG